CUCGGUCUCUUCCCGUGGCUCUUGACUUGGUGUCUCUGUGUAGAGGUGGGAGAGAUCUUUCCCCACUUGGUGGUGUCAAUUGCAGGAACAAGAGCAUUCCUGCACAUUUCUUUUCCACUGUCAUGCUUGUGGAGGUUUGCAGAGGCCAGAUAUGAUCAAUCUCAUGACCUUUCUUUCCUUGCUUCCUUCACCCCUGCAGGAGCCGCAGUGUGCUGUGUGGCAGAGCACACCCUUCAGCCAGCUGUCCAUUUGUCACACGCCUGCCUGCAGCAGCCAGCUGCUGGCCCAUUGGCCUCACACCCCUCGGGGUCAGCCAGACGAGGGGAGAUCCCCUGCCUUGCCCCUGCCAGGAGGCUGUGCCAGCUUUUCCCUAUGAGCUGGGAGGGGCCGGAGCACCGGGCAUGCACCUCAGGAGGGCCACAGGGACUUGUUGGGAUCUGGCCAGGUUCAUGCCAGCCUCUGCCCCUCCCUGUGCCGGGAACAGUCAAGUAUUUAAUUACAGCCCUCUGUGGGAAGCAGCAGAGGACACUGGUGAUUUUGGUGGGAGUUGCCAAGGGACAAGUGCUGCCUGCAGUUCGUGCUCUCCAUAACACCAGCCCUCUUCUCCCUGUGCAGACAGUAUCAGAAAUGCCUAUGGAGAAAAUCAGUUGUGGAUUUACUUACCAGUGUAGUAAAUGGAAGUCAAGAAAUGGGCUACAGAACAAGCUUGAAAAUUUACCCACCUGUUCCAAUCCCUCUGUCUUUGAAAAAAAAGGCAUUGUUGUCUUCUCAACACAGGAGAGGCUUUCUGUCUUCCUCUGCCUUGCCUUGCUCUGUGCCAAGAAGGAUGGUGUACUAGUGGCACACAGUGGGAAAAUGAACUCCUUGGCAUCUUCUUUAGAUUUUAAGUUAAUUAAGAGUAAAAACUGGACUUUUUCAAGGAAGCAUUCAGACAUUGCAAAAGUAAUUCAAUUACACCGGUGGGUGGCAGCAGGUCAGGAAUUUUGCAGUUGAUUCUGCUGUUAUCAGCUGUUGUUAUCUGUUUCAUAACACACUCAGAACAUUUAAAAUCUUUGUCACCCCAUUGCAUAGCUGAAAUGGCAUGUGCCAAACGUCAGAGUGUUUUUGACAAUGUAAGUAAGGACUAUAGAAAAGCAUUUUAUCAGUAAUUUCUGUCAUAGCCCCAUGGAAGUUGAAGAUACUGCACUUCAUUUAGUUUCAGGUGGCUUUAAGAGGCCCCAGAACAAUGGGAAAGCAAAUAGAGAGGCAAAGAAUCUCCUCUACAGAGCCAGGUUUGAUGAAAUUGCUUCAAAAGGAGGGAAAGCAUUCAAUAGUGUUUUCAGUUGUUUUCAGACUGAGAUCCAAGGGCUAUCCUGUCACUCAGCAAUAACGGGGAAAACAAACUAACAAAAUGCUAAACAACAAACAAGCAGCAGGAGAAAAAUAACAAUGCUAUCUAGAGUUCAUGGUCUGGUGCUAGCUCUGGCUGAGCACUGAUUAAUUGGCAUCGUAGCCCACUGCUUUAUCAAUGGGGUCUUUAGGAAGAGAGCUUUUGCAGUAAGCACUAAAUGUGGGAAGCAGUGUGAGAGCUCCUGCUCCACUCCAGGCAUGUGUCAGCUCUGCAGUGGAUUGAGAAUGGUAUAUCCCCAGGAGCAGGAAAUUAUUCAGGCCUUGUUACAAUCUAGAGUGUGGGAGCAGCGGCAAGAAAAUCGAUGAAGGAAGAAAAAUGUGCAAAGCCGCCCUGUCCCAUUCUCUGUUCCUGCAGACGGCACGGGGAGCAUUGCGGGGUGGGGAUUUGUGUGGCAGCAGUGACAUCUGCAGAGGGGAUCGCACUGACGUGGUGAGAGCUUCAUUUCCAAGGACGGGCCCUGAAGACAGAUCCUUGGGGCAGCCAGUACGUGGGAGGGAUGUGGUGAGCGAUUACCCAGGGCCUGUUCAGUGCCGAGCUCACUGCUGUGGCACCCCUGCCACUAAUGCAGGAAGGGCUCCUGCGGCCCGCAGAGCAUCAGGCAGAGAGCCAUGGCACAUGUCACAAACCUCCCUUGGGGAGACACUUGGGAUUCCCAGAAACAGCUGCAUGCACACCCAGUGCCCUGGUCAUGGCCCUUCCUGCAGGAGGCUCCUGGGGCACACCAGCCCUGCCAGGGAACCACUGCUGGCAACAACUGCAGGCUAUGUGCUGCCUUGGCAGGUGCAGGUGCAGGAUCAUGGCUGGACACACAGAACACUGGACAAGGGGCCUUACUGCGCUGAACCCUUCUUGUGGGACAUGUUACUGGCUGAGAAGGUGGAUGCAGAGCAGGGGGAAGGAGGAGGAGGCUAGAAACUGCUCCACAAAAUGGGGAGGAUUUCAUACUGAGCUGCAGUGGACACACCAGGGCAGUGCUGUCCCUGUUGGGAUGUUACUCUGGUGACCCAAAAUGAGCCAGGAUGCUUAUGUACAAAUGACCCCCACAAGUACUUCUUCCUCUUGUAGUAUCUGAGAAAUCUGAACUUAUAUUAAAGUGAGCAUCAAGUCCUUAAGCUGCAACUGAAACACACUAAACCAGGAAAAUGUUAGCAAAAACACAUGGAUAAUCACACAGAUAAUGACAUGACCUUGAUGAAAUAGCUUUUCACAGGACUCACAUAAGGUUUCCAAAGUGUUGCUGGCAACAAUGUUGCAGUGUUCAAAAUUAUUGCCAUCAUUAGAAUAGGGGAAAGAGGUCUCUGCAAAGCCUUGUCUCCAUGGAGAAAGGUGGGGUUCCCAGAUAUGCAAUGGGAGUUGACUUGCUGGACAGCUUUCUAACCCCCACAUUGUGUGGAGGUGGCAGAAGGUAUUCAGCCCUAAUUAAUUGGAGUGAAAGAAGGAAGAUGCCAAAGUAGGGCACUUGCUCACUCUCCAACAAGGCUUGUUUGCUUCUAAGACCGUGGUUUUGGGGUACAGCUCCAGCCCAAGGUGGACCCAGACUUUCACAAUAUUACCUUUUCCUCUCCCUGCCUUCUCCUUGCCUUCUGCUGUUCUCUUCUGGUUUCCACAUGGUGCUAUUGACCCCCACAAUAUGGCUGGUUUUGGGCACCAGGACUGGGUGGUUUCUCUGGGCACAGAGGUCUCUCACCUUGCCUGCGCUGAGCCUCCUUACUGGCUACCCCUGCAAGGCCCCACCAGCUCCCAGACAGAUUCCCUCCAGGCUGGUCUCCUCUCCCCAGGUAUUUCACUGGAUUCACACUUUGCCAAAUCAUCCUAUUAUCCAUCCCAUGGAAGAUGGAUAAACUGAGAACCGUGAGAUAAACCUUAAAUGGACUAAAUCCAAAUGGACCAAAGCACUUAGAUAGCCAUAUACUGUAAGGGCCUUGCUCUUUGAGGGCCACACAGCACUAAACUCAGCUGGAAGCUCAUGGACUGUACUAUAAAAUUAUGAGGAUAUGUUAGUGGGACUGACUGGAAAGGGUGUUGGGGGAGAGCCACGUCAAACAAAAUUCUUCUCUUUGUUGUACUGCUGAUGACAAAAGGGCAUGAUUUCUGCUUUUCUUUAAUGCUGUGUUUGAGGAAAACAACUGCUGAACAGAAGGCAGGCUGAGCUUGUAUGCAGUGCAGAGAGUAGUUUUUAAAGAAAAAGGUAAUUGCAACUUGUGGGACUUGCUGAAUAAAGUGAUGAUUGGUAAUGCAGGUCAGAGUGGUAUAAACAGUGGAAAACAGAAAGAUAAAUGGGGGAAAAUCAUGCUGAUGGGAAUUUUUCAUGGAGAAGCCAUUUCAGAAGCCAGCGGAAAGCAUGAUCAGGCAAUGUUUCUGCAGGGGUGGAAAGUAUACAGCAAAACACGUAUUUACCCAGGCUCUCUGGAAACCACAAAAAAGCUCUUGUCAUUUACAGCCUGAGUCUCACCUGCUGCCAGGCCUGGACUGUGGUGGACAAGAUUCAGCUCAGCUGCCCUCCUUAGCCUCUGUUUGCUGGGUCAGUCUUCAGCAGAAGGGAAUCAGGAAAUAGCUGAAUGAUAUCAUUGUUCAUGAGCCUCAUAAUUUAUUGACGUGAGGACUCAGAGUUUACAAAUUAAAAGAUGUGUCAAUAUAGUCUAAGCUUUGCUGGGCGUUUCCAAGGAAUGUAUUAUAAAGAUGCUCAAGCACUAAAGGAUCAAACCAGCAUUUUAGUACCUCAGUGGGCUCUAUUUUUCCAAUCCUGUUUAAUCUCAUGUUCCCUUCCUGUACAGAAAUAUUAAAUCAGUGUGGUUUUAAAAUGUCAGGAGCUCAGUUUAUUCUCCAGGCCCUAGGUUGCCCUGGUUACGAGUCCUUGCAGAGGGUGCCCUAAAGUUCAUUGCCAGACAUGACUUGCUAGCUGCUAAUAGUUCCCACUGGCAUCUUGGAGGUGAAGUCCAACAUAAAAUCCCUGAAGGUGACAGCUAUUUACCCUUGGAAAGUGGUGGUGUGGAAGUGCAUCCCAUGUGGCAGUGGGAGGUGUGAUCUCACAUCCCCCACCCCAGGUCCAGGCCCUGCAGCAGCAGAGCAACCUCAUGGACAAGAGCAAGAGCAGCACGGUCCUCUGGAGGGCUCCUGAUGUGACCCUCAGCCGUGUCCUGCUGCUCCUCAGCAAACAGAAUGUCUCAGGCGCUGCAAUGGCUGGCGAUAGCAUGUGCCACGAGGGGAGUAUAGCUGGCAGUCCUCACUUCAAGAGCAUCACUGGUUCCAGGCUGGUCACCAGGGUACAAAGCCAUGCUGAAAUAGGUAAAGUGGCUGGGAGAUGUCUCCCCAUUGCCCAUAUGCAGUUAAUCAGGAGCUUUGAAACCAUUGCCCAGAAAUGCAGAGGUUGUAGUGGGGAAAAGCAAUGCUGUUCUCAACUAGUAUGGCCAUUUCAGCAUCUACACAAUGGGCAUAAAAGAAAAGUUUUAGCUCAGGGAAGCUUUGAAUAUCCACAGUGCUGAAGUCAAGCAUUGAGGAAAUAGCAAAUGCCAGUAAUAGCAUCUGUCUUGCCACACAGUUUAAAAAUACGUUUAUGUAUAUAUGUAUAUUUAUAUUUAGCUGUGCUUGUUUGACACUAAGAAAUGCAGCCUGUAAAAAGUUAGCAGCAGCAAUAUUACUGGAAAGCUGCCUGGACUUUCUUGCUUCCCUAGUGCCCUUUACCCAGUACCCCUCUUCAACUCCAAAAUUUCCUGCAGAUAUAACAGGAUCUGCAAAGAAAGGAGAAGAUGUGUAGUAUUUAGGUCUCUUAAAUGUAUUUUUCAAUAUCUUUUUAUACAUGUGUACUAAGAAUACACAAAAUCUACCAAGGCUGUUCAUUCAUUAGCUGCCUGGGAGGGUGCUAGCUAACAUCUUGCAAGUAGUAUGCACUGUCUACAUGAGCUUUCUCCAGAGUCUGGAGCUAUCUCCUGGAACACUUAGAUGCAGAGUUAUGGGGCUGGAGAACUCCAGACAUAUCUUCCCUGUGUUUCAAGUGGAGGUGACACCUCUGGGUGGGUUACAGAGCCUCAAAAGUCCUUGCUGUUUUCCAGGGAAGGCUUGUCCAGCACUAGGACUGCAGUUUGGCCACCCAUGCAUAAUUCUGCUCUCUUGUGCUAAGAUUACACCAGUGGUGCCAUUUUUCACUGGUGCCCUGAAGCAAAAUGAGAAGGGACAUCUCCCCCAUAGCCUCCCAGCCACCCUCAUGGACGAUGCUGGUGCCUUUCCCUUCUGUCUCAGGGAGACCUCUCCACCCUGCCAGCUCAAAACAAGCUGGAUAAUUAGCCAGGUGUGGCUAUGGCACAUGUUAUAAACAGGGUUAUCCCUAUUAUUUGCUGUGCCUGGUUGCACAGGUCCGGAAAUCCUCAGCUGGCAUUGGAGUCUGUUUGCAGUGAAGACAGCGACAGGCACUGCCAUGCAACCUUGUAGCCCAAAACCACCUGCGUGUGCAUUCACCUCCCCCUGUGCUGAAGGGCCUGUGUGAGUGGCCCACGGGGGAUCAGAUGGUGCUCUGUAAUCCAGGAGAGCUUGUGAUCGAGUUUCCUGUGUUUUUCAUUUCUCUCUGCUGAGGCUGAGUAAACACACCCCACGUGAAGAAUGUGAAAAGCUGCCGUCUGCUGCAUGGAAAAAAGGUUGCUACGGCUUAGAAAGGUGACUGGAUUGUGUAUGCCAUUUCUUGAUUUUUGCUUUUUCUUUUUAACAGAUGACUGAAUGUGUUUUACAGCAUGUUCUGCAUAAAACUCCACAAAAAAUUUAAAAAUCUAAAUUGCUAAAACCAUAGCCAGUUUCUGUACUGAGGACCCAGUCCAGUAGAGUAAACAGAGAGAGGUUGUGAGGAGUGAGUUACCAUCUGCCUGCUUGAAAUGUCUGGGGUAUCACUGAGGGCUUACAGCAAGUGAUGCCUUCAGCACUAACUUUACCCGCCUGAUAAACAGAAAUUUAGCCAGGCAAGGAGCUAGCUUGAGAUCUGUCAGAUGAAAACAAAUGGAUUACCAGGCAAGGGUGUCUCCAGAAGAUUUAAAGAACUAUAUACCUUCCCUCCUUUCCAGAAAAACCACCAUGCCUUGCACAAAGCAGAAAUGCAGACCCUGUAUCUUUAUGCAUUUAUGAUGCUCUUGAUGGUCUCCACCUCUCAGCCAGGAGAAUGGAGUGGAUUCAUCCGUUUUUUAUCCACUGUCCUGAUGUCCUCUGCCAGCUACUCUUACUUCUUGUAGAGUCUCAGGCUUAUGGAGAGAUACAGAUUCCCUCUAAUUGUACCUGGCUAGGGCUGAGUUAUUUAGCAAAGGUCCUAUCAGACCAGAAAAAUCAGCACUCCUCUUUCCUUUGCUCUCCUCUUCUUCUUUCUUCCCCUCACUUCUAAGGACAGAUGAUUUACUAUUGCCAAAAAGUUUUCUAGACCUAAACAGAAAACAAAAUAUGAAGUAGUCCUGCAAAAUUAUUUCAAAAUAGCUUUGGAGAGCACCUAGGAAGGGGAAAGAAGUCUGUGGGUUUGAACCAAGUUUUUAUACAUUAAUGACUGUUGUUCAUUCAGCCGUGAUUUUUUUAAAUAAUAAUGGUUUUGCUAUAGCUAUAUCAUUUUUUCACACUAUCCACUAUUAUGCAAGAUUGGAUUGCUUAAGUUGUAGUGCUAGGACAGUUUAUUUCAUCCCAUUUUUCAAGGCCAUUGCUGCCUGCACACUCUUAAAAUUUGCAGUGCUUCUGUUCCAAACACAUAUAUACCUUGGCAACAAUUUAAAAAGAGUCAUGAAUAUAAAUGAAAAGGAGGAUGUGCACACACACAAAAAACUAAUUUAGUGCAAGGAUUAUCUGGGCCUUAUUUAAGAGCGACUACAGAAUUUGUUCUGUGGUCCAGCUGAUCAGGCAGACACCAGGUACUGCACAAAGUGUUCUUUCCUGCUUCCAUAGAGAGUACUAAUGUUGAGGAAUACAAUUAGCUGUCAGGACUAUUAAUUGCCCAAAUUUCUCAAGCUAAGGGGGGAAAAGCUGACUCAGCAAAAAGCACCUGUCAAAGGAUGGUGUGCUUUUAUUUUCAGCAGGACAUAGGCCCACAGGAGACUCCAAAAGGUAAGCAGAAUGGAGAAAAAUAGAGAAAACCAUGAUGACUGGUGGUGACAGCAAGGGAAUGUAGGUGUCUGGUGCUGCUUGGUCAGCCAGUGAUGGUCCUGAAGGAGCCCUGGACAGUGCUGCCUUUCACAGCUCCCUGCUGCUCUCCUGUGUUGCUCUGAAAGCGGCGCUGAAGCAGUGGAGAGUGCCAGCCUUUUCCAAAGGAGGGCUGGCAGACCUCUCUACCCCUGUGGGGGGGUCACCCCUCCCCUCCAUGCUCCAUGUCAGUGCGCCCCAUGAGGUCUCUCCAUGCAGCAAAUCCCUCCUGCAGCAGUCUGCGGCCUGCACACCACCCCAGCCUUUGCUCGAGUGGAGCGGCGGGUGAGGCCUGAAGGCGUGGGGGAAAAGGCACCCGUGGGCACCCGUUGCCUGUGGCCUGUGCUCCCUUCGCCUCCCUGGGAAAGCAGAGGAGAGCAGGUGUCUCCAUAGAUGAUCCCAACAUGUCUGAUGGUGCUGCAGCUCCCAAAUGCCAGACUGCUGGCCCAGAGCUCUCAGUGUCUGAGGCACCUCCAGGUGCACUUCUAAAGGCAUGGUCCUGUAUUUUAUUACACUAAUGGUGCCCUUACCAGCUGUUGUGCCACAGACACUGACACCAGCCUCCUGAGUGUGCAAACAACCUUGAUGUUGUUUCUCAGAGCCACAAAACAAGGCUGCUAGAUGUUUUUUAACAUAGUCUGGGCAUUAGCUUCUGCCAUCAGUGGCUCUGGAUCCAGCAAGACAACUGCCUUGGGCUAGAAUGCUGCAUCCCUGUGCCCCUGGCUUUCCACACAGCUCCCAUCCUCCCUCCAUCUCCCCCAUCCCUGCAAGCAGAACCACACACCUUGUGAGGACAGGGGCUGUAUAUAGUUAGAUGGCAGCCUCCAAGGAAGCCAGUCUCCCAAACCACAGAAUGCUUUGGUCAUUUAUGAAGUAUUUUCCAAAGGAAAACCAGCCAUCACUAUAACAGCUGCUUCUCCCCAGUGUUUUCAACCAGCUCUCCCUCCCUCUGGGGCUGUAGUGGGACUGCAGCUCCAUCCAGGAUCAGACCCAGGCAUUUUACAGUUCCUAAUCAUGUUUCCCCACUUUACCACUGCCACAAAGCCACAGUGGAGAGGAUGAUCUGCACAUACCAAGUAGGAAGAGAAGGAGUUAGAGCUGAUUUACCCCCUUGGAGGCAAAAUGCCUUGCCAGGCAGGGAUUGUGAAUCACAGAUCCUAAUAGCAGGCUUAAGGGAGAGAGAUGAGGAGGGAUUACUUGCCCACAUUGGGUUGUUAUCCUGGAUGUCAAAAGGAUCUCUUCAGAUAAGGAAUGCUGAAGACCAAGUUCCAGAGUGUAGCCCAGGUCCCCAAGCAUACUGAAAUCCCUAUGGCAACUCUGUUCAGAAAGAAAAAGUGAUGGAAUUGCCAUAGAUGGUUUGAAGAAAAAAGAAACAGUAGAGGAAUGUAAAACAUCACCACAGAGAAACAUAAAACAGCUCUGGUUUGGCCAGAUUGACGAACUUUGAAGAGCUGGUGAAACAUGUGCUGACUAUGCCUCUAGUGGGCCUCCAGACAAGACCAUUCUAGGGAAAAAUGCCCUAAAACUGUGUGGUCCUUCUCCAGUAGGCUACACCAUUGUAUUUGUGUUGUUAAGAUAGUCUCUGAUUCUGUGCAUACAUUUUUCUUAAAUGUCAAGGACCACUUUCUUGAGCUCCACCAAACUUAUGCUGCAUGAACAUAUUUUAAAGCAGAUGUAAAUGUUCCUAUAAAUAUUAGCAAUAUAAGAACAGGGGAGUCUGAAAAAUUACUAGAUAAUAGUAAUUUUGAAAAUGUUGUGGCAUCAAAUGAAUAUGAUAUUUGUGAAAAUUGUUUUGCAGUAGUAAAUAUUUUGGAGCCUGAGUUAACUCCUACUUUAGCACUUACUGUUUUGAAAUUACUGACAUGGAAAUGUAUCCUUCCGUGAGAACUAGUUCUAAAAAGUACAUUUAACGUGAGUGAACACACAGAAUAUCCCCGACAUGCAGACGAAAUUAAUGAGAUCACUAGCAACAUUUAGCACAGUUCAUUAGCUAUCUAGGCCCAGACAGAGUUGGCUGAAUAAGCCAAGCACUCUGUCUGUGCAACGAAAUGUGGAGGAAAAAUAUCCCUCAGGUAGGAGUGGAGCAGAUCUGCAGUGUCUCGAGCACAGUGACUGUAACACACCUCUGCACUCCAAUUUGAUUCCUUUGCACCAGACCCCAUGUCCCAAACUGAAGCUUGAAUGGGACAAGUAAUUUUUCUCUCCAUGUAAUCCUGGUGGGAGACACAAGGCUCCCUGGGUGAAGUGAAAUGUGGUAGUUCCUCUGGUUGCAUUUGUUGCUUAAACUGGUCACAGGCUGAUACUGUGGGGUUUUCAGUAAGGCUGACAGGAAUUUCUGUCCUCUGGAUAUAUUUCAGGGUUUGCUGAAAAAAACUUGUCCCACUUCUCAAUAAAAGCUGAAGAAACUAGACACCUUUUGCAGCUAAUCUGGGUAAAAGAAAAAAAGGCAGCUGUUGGCACAACACACGUAAUUUAGAGCUGGUUAAGAGCCUUUUGGUCUAACAAAAAAUUCUCUGAUGAAGGUAGAAUUUUCUAGAGCAAAUCAUUCUAGUGGUCAGUUCCCCACUCCUUUCUCUGUUAGCUCUUGUACCUUUCUUUCUGUAUUUGAAAUAUAAGCCAAAAAUUAUUACACAACCAAACAGAGUGAAAAAAAAAAAACUCUGGAGCCAUGGCGUGGAGUAAAUGUCACCUGAGUCAACAAAGAGUCCGACAGAUGGAGGCUUUAACAUUGUUUUUUCAAAUUCAUCAGUAAUUUAUUUUUAAAGUAAUGACCGUAAAUCUUCCUAGAACAGAUUGUUUUUCUGUCUGUUAUGAUUCAUUAAACCAGUACGGAAUGAGAUCAUUAUCAUUUAGGUUAGCAUUUUUGAGACUGCCAAAUAUCCUUCAAGUACUUCCUGCAGCUGGGACUGCAAGCAUUGUCCUUGGAGCUGGCAGCCUGCUGGCACCAUAUCCCGGUCCAAGAGCUUCUUGUGCCUCUGGCUAGCAGCACUGCUGUGCCCACGGGCCCUGCUUGAGUGGGCCACUUUACCUGCCCCUCAGGCAGCAGAAAACUGGAAACUGACUUCAAGAUGCAAAGCUUGAGAGUCGAUGGAAAUAAGCACCUGAAGAGAUGCACAACCAUCUCCCCGAGGAGCUAGGGCUGGAAACUCUUCUCCAGAGGUGGACUCUCACCCACCUCAGCCUGCAGGUGAGCUGGCUGAUUACUGGGACACAGUGGUCAUUGAUGCCUCUGGAUAAAUUGCCUCCUCUUGCAAAUUCCCACAUUGUAAAGCCAAAGGAUGCAGCAAGAAGGGUGCCAGCCACAGGAGACAGGUUACCAGAAACAGACUUUUUGCCUUUUAAUUUCUUUUUGGUGUAUUUCCUGACUGCAUUAGUGAAACAACAAUGACAUAAGGGGCAUGAUGCAGCAACAGGGAAGACAGAAGCAGGUAAAAGCAAAAGAGACAAUGUCAUAUUUGUUGUAGAAAAAAAGAAAAAUGAGCUGGCAGUAAAGGGGAAUUCACAAAUUAUUUGAUAAAAAGGCACACAGCCAUUCCCUGCCCCCACAACCACUCUGAGAGUCCUCUGACAUAUGAAGGACAUCAAAAGAAGAAAAAAAACCACCCAAAAAGUCAACAAACAAAAAACAAACCACUGCCCCAAAUUACAGCAAUUACUUGAUCAGGGCAUUUUCACUUCCUAUUUUGGGAGAGAGAAAUUCCCCAGGUCAUCUGACCUCCUUUGAAACUACACCAGGAAGAGGAGCAGCAGCAGUUGACAAGUGCAGGGCGUUCUCUGGCUGUACAAAAGCCUCCCAUGGGUGAGCCAGAGCUCAGAGCAGCGCAGGGAUGUGCAGGUGUGUGUACACAUAGCAAGGUGAGCUGCGAGUAUCCUGCCAGCCAGAUCAUCUCUUGCACAACUCUCCAGUCCUGUGCAGCCCGGCGGACCUUUCGCUGCUUGUUUCCAAACAUGCCUCCAGAACAAACCUUCUGAGGAGCUGUUUCCUCACAUGCUGUUUCCUUAAACGCUGCUGAAAGCAGCUCUCUCCAAGACGAGGUGGCAGCUAGCAGCAUGGUGGGAAUAAUGGCAAUGAGGACGUGGAUUGAGCCGGUGGUCGCGGGUUCCCAGGUGGCCAGUGCCUUCUACGACAUAGCGCUGCUGCUGGUGGUGAAGAACUACUACAACCAGACCAACAGCACAGCUCCCGCCCACGUCCUGGAAGAUGCUCAGCAGAAGGCUGUAUCUAAUUUUUAUAUCAUCUACAACCUAGUUCUGGGCCUGAGCCCACUGGUGUCAGCCUAUGGCUUGUCCAAGCUGGGGGACAGGAUACAUCGCAAGAUCCCCAUCUGCUUCCCUCUUCUUGGUUAUUUGGGCUCCAAAACUCUCCUGCUCCUCCUGAUUCUGCUGGGCUGGCCAGUGGAGGUGAUGUAUGGGGCUGCUGCCUUAAAUGGGCUGACAGGAGGCUUCACCACACUUUGGGCAGGCAUCAUGGCUCUGGGAUCCCUGGGGUCCUCUGAAAGCAAGAGGUCUCUGCGGCUCAUCAUUAUUGAACUUGUGUAUGGCCUGGCUGGCUUUCUGGGAAGCAUGGCAUCUGGCUACCUCUUUGUUGGCUUCAGCAACCGCUACCGAGAAGGCACCGUGCUGGUGUGCUGCAGCAUUGCUUGCUAUGCCUUUUGUCUCCUCUACAGCAUUUUUGUCCUCACAGUCCCCAAGCCAGCAGCUCCCUGCCCAGCCAAAGCCAAGAGUGCAGAGGAGGUGGGUGGUCAGCUACCAGAAGCAGUGGUAGCAGGGAGCACCCAGCCUUCAGAGAGCAGCAUCUUCACUCCAGUGUCACCCUCGAAGCUCAUCAUCAUCCUGCUGUUUGUGGCAGCAAUCCUCUAUGACCUGGCUGUGGUUGGUGCCAUGAACGUACUCCCACUGUUCUUGCUCAGGGAACCUUUAAGUUGGAACGCUGCGGAGAUUGGCCAUGGCAAUGCUGCUGGGUAUGUGAUCUUCAUUACCAGUUUCCUAGGGGUGCUUGUGUUCUCCAGAUACAUGAGGGAUAUUACCAUGAUCAUGAUCGGAGUAGCUUCAUUCAGCGCUGGCAUCCUCAUCAUGGCCUUCGUGCAGUGGACGUUCCUGUUCUACAUUGCACGGGCAGUGAUGCUCUUCGCCCUCAUCCCCUUACCAACCAUCAGGUCCAUGUUGUCUAAGCAUGUUGAAGGAUCAUCCUAUGGUAAGGUGUUUGUCCUGCUGCAGCUGUCUUUAGUCACCACGGGAGUAGUGACAUCUACAGUCUACAACAAGAUCUAUCAAAACACACUGGACUGGUACAGCGGCUUCUGCUUCAUUUUGUCUUUUCUAGUCGGCUGCCUGAGUCUCCUCCCUUUAAGCUUUGUGGCCAUCAAACAAAGGUCAACCACUGGAUCCCUUGAGAUUCUGACUGAGUAACAGAGGCAUCUUCUGGUUGUUAUCAUUAGUCCCUACCAACACAAUAGGAUACAGAGCAUUUGUAUUUCCACUUCACAGCAUGCCACAACCUCUCAGCCAUUAAGCCUCUCGCCCAAGAAGAGAUGUUUGCCUUGUUAUUUCUGCAGCACACACCCCAUCCUGUAGAGUAUGUGCGUUAGCUAUUGCACACCAGCAGUCCUCAGAGCAUUCUCCUCUUUGCUAUGCUGGUCAGCAAUACCAAAGACGCACAAGGAUAUAGGCUAGAAAUGAAAGUGUCAUUUCCAGACACAUCGUUCAGAGUGGAAGCGGAAAGCAGAGGAUUGGUUUUCCAUUAGUUCCUUCUUGUUUGUUCAUUCAGAAACCUCAGGGCAGUUCUGUGACUCUGGCUGAUGAAACAGAGCUGCAAGCCACAUGCCACAUGCACAGGUCCAUCAGCAGGACACACCAGCUCACCAUCUCCGGCAGAUGUUAUCAGCCCAGCCAAUUAAUGUUAUGUACAAGACCAUUAAAUAGAGAAAUAACACCAUAAAAAUAUGUAAGAUUAACAGAACUUUAGUAAUCCCUACAAUAAAACACCCCUGAACAGAUGUUCAUGUCCCUGAUUUCUGGGAGAAUGUCACACUGGACAGUGCUUCAACAGAGCUCAUGCAAGGACUAAGACUCAAGAGCUAAUGCUGGUGUUUCAACUCACACCACCACAAUGUGCUACUCUUGUCACAGGUAAAGAACAGCUAAGUGCAGCACACAGCUCCUACAGGAUUUAUGGAAUUGUAGGGACUCUAAUACCAUGUAAUAGUUACUGUGUUACCAAAGCUUUUAUCUGGGUUGGAAAGGAACCUCAUACAAUACAGCAGCUAGCAUGAGAUGAUGUCACAUAAAUCCAAACAUCAGUCAAAAGUGUGGCAUGUCUGACAAGGAUGUGUCUGCUUACAUGCUAAUUGACUAGAGGCUUCCAAGGUCCUGGACUAAGUAAAGGGAAGUUAAAAGCCCUUAAAUAACUGAAAUAAUCUGGAGGCAAAUCAGGCAGCUUCAGUUUGAGCCAGGGGUAUAGCAAGCAGAAGUUGGCUUACCAUUACACAAUCCCUGCCUCUGAGGAAGUUGCUGUCACCCUGUCCCCCCCCAUCCAUUCCUCCCUCCAAUCUUUCCUCAGCUCCUUCACUUUCAGUACCAGAAGUAAUGCAACAACAGGUCAGAUGAUUUCUAUUUAGAUCAACCAUGGAAGAUUUUAGGGGAAGGGAGUAUUUCUGCAGUAAGAUAGUGAGCUGCUUAACAAAAUAAGUAUUUCUGCAGUAAGACAGUGAGCUGCUUAACAAAAUAAACACAUGCAUCAUUUCACCAGGGAAGACCACAAAAAAUGAAACUUUAUUCUAAGUAAAGGAGUCAUCUUUUAAUACAUUUAUUGGUCCAUUCCAUUAAAUUAAUUGAGGUAAACAAAUGGUGCAUUUUAAAAAAAAUUACACAGUAAUAUAGAAUUACAAACAGUUUUACCUCAAAGCAUUUUUCUCCAUCAAUACUAUCUCCAUAGUAAACAAUGCACAAAGUAUAUUUAAAGAGAUAUAUGAAAGGGUAUAGAAACAUGCCAGCACCAGAAGGCAAGACAUUUCCUAGCCUGUGAGUCUGAACAAGAGCAUAGUUGCCAGAUUUGACCAAGUACAGGAAACAAAAGCCUCCUUCCCAUUUUUACAUUGUUUACUAGCUAAUUCACACAGAGACAAGUAUUUUCACAGCUUUCAUUUUGUAUUUUAAUGGUAUGAACAGUGACUCUAGUUCUGGUGAGUGGGUUUAGAGUGAAAGCAGAAGAGUCUGGACAAGGAACCAGCACCAAACCAGUCAGUUUGGUCCCCAUCACUGAUACCUUCCACACAGUGUGUGAAGUUCACAGCCAGCUUGCCUUCACAACUCUCCAGACCUUAGGGAGGGACAGAGGGAUACAGGCACAGAGAAGCGAGAGCAAGGACGGUGCUUCUUUAUUUUUGUGUUCUGUACAAAAGCCCUUUGGCUCUUAUUUUAAGACUGGCCCUCAGCAACUUGUCUCUUUGUGCAGUAGGAAUGUUGCACUGGCCACAACGCUGCAGCUUGAUCUGAAGGUAUGGAUACACAUCCCAGCACCAGGUUAAGGUAAUGGUUUAGCUUCAAAGCACGGAAUACCAAGACCUUCAAAGUAGUCUAGGACAGUGACUAGCCUUGUCUUAGCAUGCCAUUUACAUAAAGGUGAUCUACUUGUGCCUCUUUGGAAAGCUCAUUAUUUUCUGCAAAUUUACUGUGCUUUAGGCACGCAACCUUAAAACCUCUCCAGUUCUUUACUAAGUACUUCUACAAGUCAGAUACUUCAGCAGGACUUUCAAGUGCUAAGCAGAGAAAUAAGCACUGCCAUUUUCGUUUGUAAAUUGUUCAACAGCACUCCCAAAAAGUUUUAAAUGCCACAUUCAGUUUGCCAGAAGGUAAGUUUAUUCCUGUGAUCCCCAGUUUUACUUCACAAGAGGAAAACAAAAAUCCAACAAGUAGUAGCAACUUGCCUGUCUUUAAAAAAAAAGUCCUGAUUUUCCCUAUGUGUUGUUGUAGUAAAAGUUUAAUACACCCAAGGAAAGAAUGUUCUACCUUCAGAAUUUAAGACGACAGAACAUCUAAUGAGCUAAUUUAAUCUAUACAAUUUUGUACAGUGAUAAUCAGGACAAGGAUUUUCAACAGUCUGCAACAAUAAUCAUAAUGAUAUCCAGUUAAAUUGCGCAAGUUUAACAAAAGCAUGGCUCCUGUUAAAGUAAUGAACGGUCCCUGCUAUCUGGGAUAGAAUUAUUUAGGACCCUUGCAUCUGCAGCACUGACAGGUGAAGAAAUGUUUCAUGAACAGGCUAUGCAGAGCCACUGCUUCAAGGCUACUGCACAGUGCCUUCACAGAACUGUCUCUGCCACUCCUGCUUUGUUUCUAUCAGUUAUUCCACUACUUUAUCCUCAGAAUAAGUUUUAGUGCAGCAAAAAUCCAAGUAGAUUGAAGAAUCCAUACUUUAUUCUUUAAUAUAAUUCACACCAAAACUCUUUGUGUCUUUAGGGCUACACAUAUUACCUUUUCAUUUUUCAAUGUAUACCUGAAAAAGCCAUGAUGUUUUAACAUCUAUGUUUAUUGCAAGAUUUAGAUCCUGAUAAAGGUAUACAUGAACAAUGCAUGGUUCAUUACUGAGCAUAGAAAUGAGCUCAGUGCCUGCUUUAUUGUGCUGGUGCCUCUUAACAGAAGAAACAAACACCACAGAAACUAUACAGAAGUAACUGGGCAGCAGUGAAUUAUGCAUCCCCUGCGAGGGCCUUGCCCCGGUUAUAGAUUAUGAGGAAAACUGGGCUGAUUUAAGGACUGCUGAAAGAACCACAUUUUAAACAGGUUCAUAAAAAGGGCACCAACUACUUUUGCUGUCACUUUGGUGCACAUGCAGAGAGUCAUCUUCAGUGACUUAACAUUCAACAAGUGACUCAAAGAUGAAGCUCCUGCAGUAUUCCUGCUUCCCUUCACCAACACCUUCUGUUUCUCCCAGGCAAAUGUAGACCAUCCAAAGUAAAGACUCAUUCUACAAGGACGACAGGAUUACAUAUUAAGAGUUUCACUGUCAGUUCAGGACUCAACUCCCUUCUAACAGCAGUUAUGUGAUACAAGUGUCACCCUGCAUCUUACAGGAAUUUCCUGCAACUUUUGUAUUCUUCCUGACUGGCAUGGUUGCCCCAAACAUCACAAUCAGGAUCCUCCCCACACCUCACCCACAGCCUCUCCCUCAGUCACCUUGUGAUUUACAACAGCUCUUCAUAAGAACAGAUCACUCCACAGUCUGCAGGCACUGAGACCCACCUAUGCACACCCUUAUUACACUGCAGCAAAUCCUCUUGCAGAGGAUUCUUCCUUUGAAUGCCAAGUUUUACUGCCUUUGUAAGAGCUUAAGAGGUUUCGGUCCAGAUCACGUAAGGUAGCUCGAUCUUCAGCAGCUCCAGCCUCAACAGUUACAUGCUGAUUUGAGCUUCACUUGGCACUCUCCACUGUCCAUUAUGCUUCUCUUGAACAGCUGUGAUGUUAAUUGCUGAACUCCCCAAAAGCAACACCCAUUUCAGUUUGACAUAAAGCAAAGCAGGAAGACUCCCCUAGUGUUGUAAGGCAUCAGAUGAAACCACCUGUAGGAAAGAAAUCACCAUUCUUUCUACUCAUCUUGUGCUGUUUAUUUUACUAAGAUGGUGGGAAGACUGACUAAAUAAUAGUUCAAGGUAUAUUUUGCUUGAAUCCCAGUGAUGUUGUAGAGUCAAUAACAAAAUUCCAUUUAUUCCACGUUCUUUUUGAACUAAGUCAAAAAGCAUGUUCAUGUUUCUUCGUGGAAAAUGGGGAAGACUGUAACCCUGAAGGACAAACUGUUGGAUAGUAUGCAAGUGCUUAUUCUAGAUUGCUUCAAGAUGAUGCCCUUAAGUACUUCCCCAGAACAAGGGGAGUCUGUGAUUCUGAACCUAACAGUAACUUAAACCAGAGUUCUCAUUUACACCAAAAAGUGCAUAUUGACAAACUGAUCUUAAACAAGAAACAUAGUUUGUUUAGUACCACAGAGCUGACAAUAAGAUUGAGCAAAAAAGAAAAAUUUCUUAAAAUGUCUUAUAUUUUACUUUUUCAUGCAGAGAGCACCAUCUCAUUAGCCUGACAGCUACCACAGUGCUGCAAUAACUCAUCUUGAGAGUUCCAUAAAGCCACCAGGCUGAGAAGGGUGGCUGCAUGUUCAGUUGGUCUUUAUGAAGGAAUAAAUUCCAAAUCAAACUAGUACCUGGUGGGUACCUUGUUACAGGAGAGCAGAGUAGUUGCACAAAAUCAAUCACUGCUCACAUUCUUUGCAAGAACGUUGCCAGAGAAUAAGUAAUCACUCCAAUUUAGAAAGUAAGCACAGAGUUAUUUAUUGCCCUUAAUCCCAGUAUUACACUCAUAUGAGUCCCAACCCCCCUCACUAGGAUUGUUAAAUCACGGCAGCAUAAUGGCCUAAGGCCAUUAACACCAAGCAGGCAUUUACUUGAGGUUGGAUUGCAAGAGCAAGGACAAAAAAAGGACUUGCAGAAGCAGUUGCAAUUCUAAAGGCUAACAGAAAUUACUAAGAAAAUAGAUCUGUAACAAAAGUAGCCCUAAAAAACUUGCCAUGUGGUUCAGCAGAGACAGGUAUGAACCUAAUAGGGUACCCAUCUAUCCCCCACUAACCCAUUUAAGGCAAGUUUCACACACUCUGAUGCUUGGUGGAAGGAAGCAUUUGACACCUUUUGGCUUUUGGUUGCUGCAAAGAAAGCGUGGAGAAAGGAAAGAGUUCUACUUUUACUACUGCAGACAUCUUAGGUGACCAAGCCUAAAGUGGCUCUAGUAAAACCCAUAUAUAAAGCAUGGUGUAAGAGAUCUCCACCAUGCAACUUCCAGAGCUAGCUUUGGAAAAUUAAAGACCCAUCCUUCCCCAUUCCCACAACCCCUGAAAGGCAGCAGUCCAACUCGUUCCCGUAGCUAAGCUGGUUUUGAUCCCCAAGUCAGUCACAAGUACACUUCAGUCAACUGACAUUACUUCAUAAUCACCAAGGUAAACAAAGAUACUCAGUAUGAACCAACAGCAUGCCACACUCACAAAAACCACAGUUCAUGCUUCCAUCACCAACCAUCUGCAGCUGGUGUUGGUAUGGUCUGUCUAGAACCAGCCUGACUCCUGGACAGAAAAGUCUACAGAGACCAUUUCAUCCAGAGGGAGCACACGGGUGGUAGUAAAACAGAAAAUAAUCUCUCCCAGCCUUUCUUUAUCCAUUCAGGAAAAAAAAAAAAAAAAAAAAAAAAAAAAAA